UCGCAACGACUCUUUCAGGCCAUCUCUAAAAUGUCAUUGGUAAACCAUACUUGAUCCUAAAUUCCUGUACUUCCUCAGGCCAUCCGAGCAUGAAACGCUGUCACCUACCCACAUCCGCUGGCUGUGACGCUUGUCAAAGUGUUCUCUAUCGGCUGCAUGCCUAGACCACCAAAGCGUUCUGACCGGACAGUGUCACUGGAGAAGGCGGCGCGACAUGUCCAGGGCGCAGAUCUGGGCUCUGGUGUCUGGUGUCGGAGGGUUUGGAGCUCUCGUUGCUGCUACCACGUCCAAUGAGUGGAAAGUGACCACGCGAGCCUCCUCGGUGAUAACAGCCACUUGGGUUUACCAGGGUCUGUGGAUGAACUGCGCAGGUAACGCGUUGGGUUCUUUCCAUUGCCGACCGCAUUUUACUAUCUUCAAAGUAGCAGGUUAUAUCCAGGCAUGUAGAGGACUUAUGAUCGCUGCUGUCAGCCUGGGCUUCUUUGGUUCCAUAUUUGCGCUCUUUGGAAUGAAGUGUACCAAAGUCGGAGGCUCCGAUAAAGCCAAAGCUAAAAUUGCUUGUUUGGCUGGGAUUGUAUUCAUACUGUCAGGGCUGUGCUCAAUGACCGGCUGUUCCCUAUAUGCAAACAAAAUCACAACGGAAUUCUUUGAUCCUCUCUUUGUUGAGCAAAAGUAUGAAUUAGGAGCCGCUCUGUUUAUUGGAUGGGCAGGAGCCUCACUGUGCAUAAUUGGUGGUGUCAUAUUUUGCUUUUCAAUAUCUGACAACAACAAAACACCCAGAUACACAUACAACGGGGCCACAUCUGUCAUGUCUUCUCGGACAAAGUAUCAUGGUGGAGAAGAUUUUAAAACAACAAACCCUUCAAAACAGUUUGAUAAAAAUGCUUAUGUCUAAAAGAGCUCGCUGGCAAGCUGCAUCUUGAGUUUGUUAUAAAAGCGAACUGUUCACAAAAUGAUCCCAUCAAGGCCCUCCCAUAAUUAACACUCAAAACUAUUUUUAAAAUAUGCAUUUGAAGCAUCUGUUGAUUGUAUGGAUGUAAGUGUUCUUACAUAGUUAUAUACUAAUCAUUUUCUGUUGUGGCUUUCUAUAAAAAAUAAACAGGUUAUUUACAGGAUUUGUAAAAUGUUUUCUACAUUUAUAUAGAACAUGAAAAGCAUUUAGUACCAAAGGUUCAAGAAGUAUUCGUACUGUAGCCUUUUUAAUCAUUCAUAGAUAGAAGUCUUUGUACCCACUCCUUAUGUUUCUUUUCAUUCAUAAACAGGUAUAUAAGGAACAAUGUCUUAUAAACAGCAUGGGGGCAAUCUGAGAAUAUUCCUCAAAAGGUGUCCAGGUUAAAUAGACAUGUUACUGGCUGCACACAGGCAAAUUCUGGUUUGUUUUUUUUAGUAUUCUACAACAUUUAUUUAAAAAGGUAAAUCUUUUUGUUGAAGCAGCAAGUUAUCUGGAAGAACUUAACUUCUACAGGAUCAGAGAGGAUCUUGCUCAUUCAUGGCCAUAUCCACAUGCCCAUGGCCGCUCAGUAGAUUGUUGAAAAAGCAAAGCCACACCAUUCUCUUUGAUGUAUGCAGAGAGUUACGUAGCAGGGGAUGUUCUCUGAUUUAUUCCACUGGCACCAUUAGUGAAUAUUUAGUUGUUUUUCAUAAAUGAUGCUGUGAUGAAGACUCAUGUACAUAUUUAGCAAAUUUUGGUUUCUUACAUGUGCCUGUCAUGACUGUAAUUCAUUAUGACUGCUCCAGGAAGGGCUAAUGGGGCCAAUAUAUUAUUGCCUGUCAUGUGUGGCACAUCCAUGUUAAGGGGCUGAGGCGUCCCUGGCAUGGAAUGCAGAGCCCUGAGCUAGGGCAUCAGCAGAAGCUGAGACACAGAUACUGGUUGUGGUUGACUGUGGAACCAAUUAAAACCUGUUGAUGCCUAGUGUUCCAUUAUUGGAACGCUAAGCAUGUGGGAGUUAUUUAUAUCCUACUGCUCAAGGUCAUCGCCAAGGUGUGAUUGGAAAAAUUCAAAAAAUUGCAACCUCAGGCAUAAAUGGGUUAAGGACAUCCCAAGCCCAAGUAAGUGGUACGUGUCUCACUCAGAACUGAUGGGCCGAGUUCUAUCUAGGUGUGUCUUCCAGAACCUGUUUAUGGAACUAACUGGAUAACUGAGAGACUUGUCAUUUCUAAAGACAUUUAAGUUGCUCCAGGGAUUUCUGAACAAAGACACAGGCUUCUUCCUAGAGCCAGCCCUAUAUAACAUGCCCACAAGGGCAACAGUUAUCACAGUUCAUACACACCUUUCAUGUCCUGUCUCACUCACUCCUCACAGCCAUCCUAGGAGAUACAUAUUGUUUUCAUCCUGCAUUUACAGAAAAAGAAAUGAAAGCAGAGAGCUUAAAUAAUUUGCCACAGUAAUGUCGAAACUAGGCCUUUGAACCAAGGCAGUCUAGGGUAAAAUAUAGUUUCAAAGUAUGAAUAAGAAUUUUGGUAUUUGUGUUAUCUUUGAGUAAGAAACUGUCCGAUAUGAAUCACAACGUGGGUGAAUGUAGUAUUUUCCUGAAGUGUGAAAGACUUAAAAAAAAGAAUCACAUUGUUCAGAGGUGCUCAAUGGAAAGAAAAGGAAAUGAACAAGUUUGUUAAAAAAUAAAAAAUAAAAAAAAUUCCAUACCUUGAUAAUCCUUGAAAUAUCUUUUGCAGAAAUACAAAUUAACUGAAAGACAUAAAGGUCGAUUAGGUCCUACAGGCCAGUGUGGGACAGGGUUGUGUGGGUGUGCAUUUCAAACAAAUUCGUUAUUCAGAAGUGGUGAAGAUAACACUUAGAUUACACUGAAGAAUUUAGGGAGGGUGGGGGAUGAAGGUCUGUUAGUAACCAGAAACACAUUAGCUGGGCAUCAGUAAGGGGUAACAUAAAGGAAUGGUUCCCCUCAAAAACGAACAAACCAAAUUUUAUACAAAAAAAUGAAAUGCAGCAGGGCACGAUGGCUCACGCCUAUAAUCCCAGCACUUUGGGAGGACAAGACAGCGGAUCAUUUGAGGUCAGGAGUUCGAGACCAGCCUGGCCAACAUGGUGAAACCUCAUCUCUACUAAAAAUACAAAAAAUUAAGCCAGGCAUGGUGGUGGGUGCCUGUAAUCCCAGCUACUUGGGAGGCUGAGGCAGGAGAAUCGCUUGAAUCUGGGAAGCGGAGGUUGUAGUGAGCCGAGAUGGCGCCACUGCGCUCAAGCGUGGGCAACACAGUGAGACUCUGUCUCAAAAAAAAAGAGAUACAACUAACCAUGUAAGUUAAAGGAGGGGCUUUUAAGACACAGAUGUAGUGACUUAAUUUAAAUACUGGGUUUACUUAGCAAAAGUUCAUUUCCCCAAGCCCUUCUGCUCAGGAAUGAAAACAUGGCAGACACAAAACAUGGAAUAGAGACCUGGCUUAAAGUCUCCCCUUGACACUUUGUACUUGUAUGGCUUCUGGCAAGUUACUUAAUAACUCUGUUUCUCACACCUUUAGGAUGAGGAUUGUAACAAUAACUACAUCGCAAAGUUGUAAUUAAAUGAAUUAGUGCGUGUUCAAAACCAAACCAGACCAAGUGGUUCAAUAAAUAUCUGCUGAAUAAAUAAAUGAAUGAACAAAGUGGCACAUGGGCCA